AUGUAUAAGUUACUCGGAAACUUGAAGGAUUAUUUGAAAUGGCAGGACAUUGUCACGGACAAUGCCAUUUUUCGAAUACACAACGUGUUCACGACCGUUCUCCUCAUGGCGUUUUCCGUCAUAAUAACGGCAAAUCAGUUCGUGGGAAAUCCAAUCAGUUGUAUAGUGAAAGGAGUGCCCACACAUCCCGUGAACACAUACUGUUGGAUUACGUCGACUUUCACCAUGCCGGACGCGUUCAGACGUCAGGUCGGGUUCGAAGUUGCUCAUCCUGGUGUUGACAAUGAAUUCGGGGGCGGACCGAAAAAAUAUCACAGCUAUUAUCAGUGGGUGUGUUUCGUCUUGUUCUUCCAGGCCAUCCUUUGCUACACGCCAAAAUGGAUGUGGGACGCAUGGGAAGGAGGUUUGCUCAGAACGAUUGUUAUGGGAUUAAAUGUUGGAAUGUGUCAAGAAGAGGAAAAAUGUAAAAAGAAAAAAGUUCUCAUGGAAUAUUUAUUGAAACAUAUCAAGAGACACAAACUCUACGCUCUUCGAUAUUUCUUUUGCGAAGCCCUUUGUCUCGUCAACAUAAUCGGACAACUCAUACUCAUGAACAAUUUUUUCGACGGUGAAUUUUUCAGUUACGGACUUCGCGUCAUGUCGUUCAGCAAUCAACCACAGGAAGAUCGUUUCGAUCCCAUGGUGUACAUUUUUCCCCGCGUGACCAAGUGCACGUUUCAAAAAUUCGGUGCAUCCGGAUCCAUACAAACCCAUGACUCGCUAUGCAUACUCCCGUUGAACAUAGUCAACGAGAAAACCUACAUAUUUCUGUGGUUUUGGUACAUAAUAUUGGCGACUCUGCUCUCGGCUCUGUUGAUAUACAGAGCCGUCAUAUUGGCGGCUCCGAGCGUGAGACCCUACAUAUUGCACCGUAGAAAUAGAAUGAUUCCGUUCGACAUUGCGAAAGCCGUGUCGCGGAAAACGGACGUCGGAGACUGGUGGAUAUUGUACAUGUUGAACAGGAACAUGGAUCCGAUCAUAUAUAGGGAAUUUAUUAGCGAAUUAUCGAAAAAAAUCACGGAAACGAACAAUGGAAGAGAGUAA